AUGUCACAUUAUAACGGCGCGUACGAUGAUUGCAUUGACGAAAACCAAGGGGAAUACCAACCUGCUCGAGCAGGUUGGAAACAAAACUCUCCGAAUGGGCAACAAGAACCAUAUCAGCCUCCUCCUCGCGGUGCCAGUUUGAAAAGUACUACCACUCAAAAUCAAAACUCCAAUAUGAACGGUUAUGGCGGGGAUUAUCAACAGAACCCCAACCUUGGGGCGACGUUCUAUCCAGGAGGAGGGGACGACUUCUAUUUUCCUACUAAUGUAGUGUCCCCGAUGCCACAAAGAAUCAUGCCGGAAGUCCCACACAACAUGCAGGAUAAUCUUGCGAACCUUGAACUUAAUUCAGAUGGACAUCGACAAGGUACCAGCGAAUCAUCGAGAUCAAGCCGUAGCAAUCGAAACAGCGGACCGGGUUACACAGCGAACUAUGAACACACAAAUGCAGCUAUAUAUCAAAAUUUGAAGGGGCCUUACGGUACGCCACGAGUCCAACCAGAUUCCCCCGGCUUUUCGCCAUUCCCGAAGCCCCGAAACGCAGGUCAGAAUGUGCCUUUAUCGGAUGAGGAUAAAGAGGAAGUCCUGGAGAGAGCUAGACCAAUGGUGUUGAAAUCUACCGACCCAGAGAUGCAGUUGGCAUGGGCUCAAGAUGCGCUAUCUUGGGUGGAAGUAGCGAGCUCUACUUACGAGCGAAGAAACGAAGGCCCGCGGGCGCCUACACCAAAGAUCGAGCAUCAAUUACGAGUCGAUGCUAUAAGCAUCGUCAACUUUCUCGCCGAACAGCAACACCCAAAGGCAGAGUUUAUGAAGGCAAUGUGGUUGGAAUUUGGCAAAUUUGGAUAUCGCAUGGAUAAAAAGGAAUCUUUCCAAGGUUACCAGCGAGCUGCACAAAAAGGAUACGCUCGAGCAGAAUACCGAAUAGGAAUGCAGUUCGAAAAUACGAUGAACUCUUCAAAGGCCGUCGAACAUUACCAGAGAGGUGUAUAUUUGAAGGAUUCUGCGGCGAACUAUAGACUUGGAAUGGCUACCUUACUCGGUCAAUGUGGCAUGCAACAAGAUUUCGAAAGAGGUAUAGAUUUGAUUCAAUUUGCAGCCGACACAGCCGAUGAGAAUGCUCCUCAAGGUGCCUACAUUUACGGAAUGCUGCUCGCUAGAGAGUUACCAAAUAUUACUAUGCCCGAUGAAUAUCUACCAUACGACUUGAAUGAAGCCAAGAUGUUUGUCGAAAAAGCUGCUUAUCUUGGAUUUGCCAAGGCACAACUUAAGAUGGCUCAAGCCUACGAGCUUUGUCUAUUUGGUUGCGAGUUCGACCCAGCUCUUUCUUUACACUACAAUGCCCUUGCUGCCCGACAAGGAGAGCCUGAAGCCGAUAUGGCCAUCAGUAAAUGGUUUCUUUGUGGAUAUGAGGGUAUUUUCGAAAAGAAUGAGGAGCUGGCCUACACAUAUGCGCAACGUGCUGCUGAGACAGAGAUGGCUACAGCUGAGUUUGCGAUGGGUUACUUUUAUGAAAUUGGAAUGUAUGUCAAGAAGAAUCUUGACAUGGCUUCACAAUGGUAUGAUAAGGCUGCCAGCCAUGGUAAUCACGAUGCUUUGGGGAGAAUCGAUAGCAUCAGAGCGAAUCAUACACUUACGAAGGGUGACCAUGGCGCAGCGAUUCAACGUAUCAAGUCAACACACGGCUCUCGAAGGGGGCCCAGACCUGAUAGAUUCAAUCAAGCUAAUGCACCGCCAAUGCCAACCAUGGCAGAAGAUUUCUCACCAACACCGCCCAUACACACCCAGAAACCUAAAUUCAAAAAGGGUUCUCCUGCGGGCAUUCGACCAAUAUCAAUUGCACCAUAUCCAGAAGAUGAUAUCAGCCCUGGAAAUCGUGGUGCUCCUGGUUAUCCUCCCAGAUCUCCGCGAUACCCUCCACAAGAUGGACUGCGACCAUCAACCUCAAAUUCAAACCCAGCAGCAGAUCGACCAUCUUCUGCUUUUGGUAUUCGCCCUCAGCAACCACCACCACAUCCGGGAAUUACCCAUCAAAAUACAGAGCCUAUAAUAUCAUCAUCUCACAUGGGCACAACGCCUUCACAGGGUCGGAACCCAUCGCCCAACCGCGCCCCAAAUAUUCCCCCAUUGAACUUCGAAUCCGGCUUUCAGAAUUCGCAGCAAAGACCUACAACCUCUGGAUCGAGACCUGGAACUGCACAAUCUUCACAAUCUGCAUACGGUUCCAGACCAUUUGCAAACCCAAAUGCUGGACCAGGUCAAAAUGUUAUGCCACCACGAGGUAGUUCCAUGACGCCAGUUUCUGCUGCUCCCUCCACGGCAAGCAAAAGUUCUAAUAGGCCAUUGGGCAAUACAAUGUCUUCGCAAGGUAAUUCGAGAAAAUCUUCCAUUUCGUCAGGAUCUACGCCUGCUCCGGCUCCGGUGGCAGUAGCGCCAAAACAAUCGGCGUCUUCUAAAAAGGGACCUGCGACAUUCGAGGAGAUGGGUAUCCCACAAACCAAGAGUGAAGGAGAUUGUGUCGUUAUGUAA